CUUCCUGCGGAGCGAGCGGGACGGGGCGGCGGGGCCCGGGCGGCACGGCCAGCCGCUUUCCUGUCUUCCAGGUGGGCGCCGGGAUGUCGCUGUCGCUGAAGAUGCUCCCCUGCAAGAAGAGGAGAGCGGCGGUGGCGGGGCCGCAGAGCCCGCGGGAGCGCGGCGGCGAAGACGAGGAGCUGUCCGGCGUCGGCGGCUCCUCCUCGGCGGCCGCUGCUGAUGUCUGCUCCUCCGCCAAACCGGCGCCGGUGGCCCGAGCCGCCGGGCCGCCCUCUUCCGGCCCGGGCGCGUGGAGGGGGCCCGGGGAGGCCUUGCUGAAAGGCGGGCAGCGGCCCCUCACCAGGGCGGCGCCGGGCCCCGGGCAGGAGGCGACGGGCGCGAAGGAGGCCUGCGCUGCCGCCCAGCUUCCCGAGGGCCUCGCGAGUCCCGAUGCGGCGGCGGAAGGGAAAACGCCUAAGCUGUAUACAGAGGUGGAAGCAAAUUCACAGAGAGAUCCGUAUCUGACUGAAAACCAAUCUGCAGUGCAGGAGUCACCGGUGAGAAGUUCUUUGCAGCUGGCUGUUAGAAAUUCAACUGUGAUGAAGCCACUGAAGAACACCAGAGCUGAGGAGCAAGAUGGAGAGGAUAUUGAGAGAAGGAAGAAGAGGAGGAAGGCAACUAAACGGAAAAGAGAAGGGAAAAGUCAAGAGGAGGAGGGAUCUUUGACUUGUGACAUCAAGCUGGAUGAUACCCUUGAUCGCACCUUAGAAGAUGGAGCUAAACAACAUAACCUGACUGUUGUCAAUGUGCGAAACAUCCUGCAUGAAGUGAUCACAAAUGAGCAUGUGGUUGCCAUGAUGAAAGCAGCCAUCAGUGAGACAGAAGACAUACCUCUGUUUGAGCCCAAAAUGACUCGUUCCAAACUGAAGGAAGUUGUGGAGAAAGGAGUGGUGAUUCCAACAUGGAAUAUUUCUCCAAUUAAGAAGGCAAAUGAGGUGAAGCCUCCUCAGUUUGUGGACAUUCCUCUUGAGGAAGAUGAUUCAUCUGAUGAAGAAUACCAGCCUGAUGAUGAAGAUGAGGAUGAGACUGCAGAAGAGAGCUUACUGGAAAGUGAUGUAGAGAGCGCUGCUUCUUCUCCUCGGGGAGCAAAACGAUCUAGGACAAGGCGAUCAUCUGAUGAAGAGGGAGGGACACUCUGUGAGAUGGAGAAGGUUUCUGCACCUGUUGUUAGACAUAUUAGUGCUGAAGUAGUUCCCAUGGGACCUCCACCACCUCCUAAACCAAAGCAAAACAAAGACAGCACAUUCAUGGAGAAGCUGCAUGCAGUGGAUGAAGAAUUGGCUUCAAGCCCAGUAUGCAUGGAUUCUUACCAGUCUCUGGAAGACAGCCUCAUUGCCUUCCGAACCCGAUCUAAGAGACCACUGAAGGAUGUUCCUCUUGGUCAGCUGGAGGCUGAGCUCCGGGCCCCGGAUAUCACACCUGAUAUGUAUGAUCCCAAUACUGCAGAUGAUGAAGAAUGGAAAAGGUGGCUUGGAGGGCUCAUGAAUGAUGAUGUGGAGAAUGAAGAUGAAGCAGAUGAUGAUGAUGACCCUGAGUACAAUUUCCUGGAAGAUUUGGAUGAACCAGAUACAGAAGACUUCAGAAAUGAUCGUGCUGUGAGAAUUACCAAAAAGGAAGUGAAUGAACUGAUGGAGGAGCUGUUUGAGACAUUUCAGGAUGAGAUGGGUUUCUCGAACAUGGAAGAUGAAGGUCCAGAAGAUGAAGAUAAUGUUACAGAGUCUCGGCCAAAUUUUAAUACACCACAGGCACUUAGAUUUGAAGAGCCUCUGGCCAAUUUACUGAAUGAACAACACCGGACAGUGAAGGAACAACUUGAGCAGUUGAGAAUGAAAAAGUCCUCCAUCAAGCCACCACAAGAGAUAGAAAAAUCAAAACCUCAAAAUGAGAAGCCUCUCCAGAGCCUUGUUCUAGACAGUAUGCAAAGAAAGAGACUUCAACAGCAAAUGCAGCAGCAUGUUCAGCUUCUGACUCAAAUACAUCUUCUUGCAAGUUCCAACCCUGCUCUAAGUUCAGAGGCCAGUACUACCAGGAUGUUUUUGAGUGAGCUUGGUAACUUUGCUCGAAGCUCUACGCUCCUUCAUCAGUCAUUCAGUCCUAAGUUUCAAACAAUGUUCCAACCAUGUAACUUGAAGGGAGCACUGCAGCUCAUUGAAGAUUUUCACGCCCAAGUCCAAGUUGAUUGGAGCCCUCGCAAAGCUGUGAAGAAGAGUGCCAAUGAAUUCCCGUGUUUGCCAAAGCAAGUGGCAUGGAUUUUGGCGACCAAGAGAGUCUUCAUGUAUCCAGAGUUACUGCCAAUAUGUUCCCUGAAGGCAAACCCUCCUCGAGACAAGAUUAUCUUCACCAAGGCAGAGGACAAUUUGUUAGCUUUAGGUUUGAAACAUUUUGAAGGGACAGAGUUUCCAAAACCUUUGAUCAGCAAGUAUCUCUUGCCAACAAAAACUGCCCACCAGCUUACAGUACGAAUCAAGAAUCUCAAUAUGAAUCGAGCCCCUGAUAAUAUCAUCAGAUACUAUAAAAAGACAAAACAGUUGCCCAUUCUGUUCAAGUGCUGUGAGGAAAUUCAGCCAAAUGAGUGGAAGCCACCUGUGGAGAGAGAAGAACAUCGCCUGCCAUUUUGGUUAAAGGCAAGCUUGCCCUCCAUUCAGGGGGAAUUGAAGCAAUUAGCAGAAGAUACCAGGGAGAUGCCAGGUUCACCUGAUGCAGAAUCUGUCUUUUUGGGGACAGGAAAGGAAACUUCAGACACAGAAUAUAAUGAGAAGUACCCUCUACUGAUGCCAAAGGGACUAGUGCUGACCCUAAAGCCCCUUGCCAAUCGAUUCUCUAGGAGAGCAUGGAGGAGGCAGAGGUCUUCAGCUCUAAAGCCUGUCCUCAUUCGACCGAGUCCUUGUCUGCAGCCCAGUUCCAACACUAUUAACAUCCAGAAAACCGUGAAGUUGUCCCAGUCAGAAGCUCCUCCCAGCAAAGUUAUGGUUCAGAUUCCUCGGCUAAUCCAGCCAGCUACAGUUAUGCAGACGGUGCCAGGAGUGCAGCCUUUGAAUGUCCCAGCAGUGGUAGGAAGUGGGGAUAGCUUGGAAUUUCAGAACGUGCUCUCCACUUCCCAUUCGGACUCCAGACAAGCUUUUCCAGCUGCUGUACCACCAGCUCUAGUGUCCUCAAAUCCAGUAACUUUUCAGCCAAAACUGAUGUUGCCAGCUUUGGCAGGAGCAAAAAUACGUAAGCCUUGUGUUCGUAAGGGAUAUCAAAAGAAAAAAGGGACAAAAUCUGCCCCACUGAUAAAGACUUCACCCUUAAUUCAGCCAUCUCCUGUCAUCCUUACUGUACCUGCUACCACAGUGAAAGUGGUUAAUAUAGGCAAUGGUUGCAAUAUGAUUCAGCCCAUAAGUACAGCAGUUGGUAGAGGCACUCAGGCUAUUCCAGUUACAACAUUAUUAGUAAAUCCAUCCACUUUCCCAUGUCCAUUAAAUCAGCCUCUAGUGACUUCUUCAAUCCCUUCAUUGAUAGUCUCUCCUAACCCUGUUGGUCUUUCUGCUUCAUCUGUUGGUGAAAAUGAAGAACAGAUGAAUCUGGUUCCUUCCUGCCCUGCUGGAAACAACAAAAAUACCUAUCCCACGGUGGAGCCCAAGGUUGAGCCCCCGGAGUUGUACGUUUCAUGCUCUGCUGUCUCCCCCAAGGAGGAGUGUAGUAAAAAUCCUGCCACUUCAAAUAAUGGCAGUCAGGAAAAGGUAAAUAAGAGUGACUGCUGUAGCUGGACAGUGGUAGAAGGAGAUGAGAAUGCUUCAGAGCCAUUGUCUGUGGACCUUUUGCCUCAUUUAGAAGAUCCAGAUGAAACGGUGAAAAUUGAGCCUGAAGAGUCAAAUGAUGCUACCAAGGAAGUAAACCCAGUACAGAAGAGAGAUCUUUUAUGUGCUGAAGUGAAAGAGGAAUUCAUGCUGGAUCUUGGCCAGGAGCUGAACAUGGAAACUGCAUGUUCAUGUUCAAAUGACCUUAAAGAAAUUAAAAAAGAGCAUGCUUUGUGUGAUGAGAAGGGAGAAGAGCAACUGGCCUUGCAGUCAUCCCCCCAUGGUGAAGAGCAGAUGGAUGCAGGUGUUGUUGCUGGACCCCAAGUAAGCAGUGAGUCUCCAAAGAAUCUUUCUUAUACAGCAGAUGUUGAGGCAGAAUUUAGUAGUCCGCUAGGAAGACCAGAGGAUUCGUCCAGUAUAGAUGGCCAGUCUGUUGGGACACCAGCUGGCCCUGAAGCUGGAGGAGAGAGAGAAGGACAAGAGGAAGAGGAAGACGAUGACUUUGAUGAUUUUACACAAGAUGAGGAUGAAGAAAUGUCAUCAGCCUCAGAGGAAUCUAUUCUUUCAGUGCCAGAACUUCAGGAAACAAUGGAAAAACUUACUUGGCUUGCAACAGAGAGACGUUUAAGCCAAGAAGGAGAUUCUGAAGAAGAGAAUUCCCAGGAAGAGAACUCUGAGCCUGAGGAGGAGGAGGAGGAGGAAGGUGAAGGAAUAGAGAAUUUACAGAAAGAUGAUGAGAUAUGUGGAGAUGUAUCAGAGGAACCUAAAUCUGCCUUCACGUUGACAAAGGCAGCCCCACAGGUGGAAGCCGACAGAAUGCCAGCCGGAGAAAACAUGAAAGCCCCUGGAAAGAGCAAGAGCUCACACAGAACCAGAAAUAAGAGGGGACGGGCUCGUGCUAGCAAAGACACAUCUAAGCUGCUCCUCUUGUAUGAUGAAGACAUCCUGGAGAGAGAUCCCCUGCGGGAACAGAAGGAUCUGGCAUUUGCACAAGCCUAUCUAACCAGGGUACGUGAAGCCUUGCAGCAUGUUCCUGGAAAGUAUGAAGACUUUCUUCGUGUUAUCUAUGAGUUUGAGAUUAGCACUGACAAGCAAACAGCUGUGGAUCUCUAUUCCACUUUACAGAAACUGUUGCAUGACUGGCCACAGUUGCUCACAGAUUUUGCCGCCUUUCUUUUACCAGAACAAGCUUUGGAGUGUGGACUGUUUGAAGAGCAGCAAGCAUUUGAGAAAAGCCGGAAGUUUCUCAGGCAGCUGGAGAUUUGCUUUGCUGAAAAUCCUGCCCACCAUCAAAAGAUCAUCAAAGUUCUGCAGAGUUGUGCAGACUGCCUCCCCCAGGAGAUUGCAGAGCUGAAGACCCAAAUGUGGCAACUGUUGAAAGGACAUGACCACUUGCAGGAUGAAUUCUCCAUUUUCUUUGAUCACUUACGACCAUCAGCCAGCCGCAUGGGAGAUUUUGAGGAGAUCAACUGGACAGAAGAGAAGGAAUAUGAGUUUGAUGGCUUUGAAGAGGUGUCUUUGCCAGAUGUAGAAGAGGAGGAUGAACCACCCAAGAUGCAUGCAGCCUCAAAAAAUAAAAAGCGGAAAGAAGUCGGAGGCCAGAGCAAUGACAAGGAGGUCGAGUGGGUAGAUGGGAUGAAGGAAUGUUCAUGUUCCUGCCAUGAAGGGAGUAGCGAUCUCAAGCUAAAGAAAAGCAAAAGGAGGACCUGCAGCCAUUGUAGUAGUAAGGUGUGUGAAAACAAAUUUUAUAAAAAUAAAGAUUCUCACGAGCUGACUGCAAGCCUUAUUCAACAAGAAUCAGGUCCUCCACCUGAAGGGAAGGAUUCUGGAGUGUCUAAGGAACCUGCAGAAGAAAGCCUGGAGAACAGAGAUGAGGGAGAGGAUGUCCAGAGCAGAACAAAAACAGUAUCCAGGAAAGCAGACUCUCUGGCUUCAGGAUCUCACCUGGAAGGAAAGAUUGUCUCUGGCAGACAUACAUCUUCUGAAAAAGCUGUGCUGCCUGAUAAUCAGGUUCAAGAAGCAGGUGUCAGUGUUGCUGUGAAUACUGCAAAGGACAGUGACUCUUCUAUCACUGGCCCCAGAUGGACACAUCUGCAAAAAGCUACUCUAAAACUACCUCAAGAAACCAAAGACUGCCCUUGCACUGUGGGAGGUGAGAGUGAGGGACUAAACCAGCAUCAAGGAAAUGCAGAUGCUUCCCCUGGGCUGAGCAGAGAUUUGCUGCUGUCUUCCUGUUCUGCUACAGUAAAAGGUUUAAUGGGACCCAGUUCCUCUUCCAGAAAGAGUUUAUGUCAGACCGAAGGGCUUCAUUCUGAUUCAUCAGAUAAGCUUGCUGUCUUUGGUCAUGCUUCAAAAUUAGGUAUGAAAGAACUUGAGGGGCCACCUUUGCCUUUAGAAGAAAAGCCUGAAGCAAAGCAGGGCUGGAUAACCCCAGGUGGAAAACCAACACUGGGUAAGAGCUGCAGCUUCCAGUUGCCUGAUAAUUGCAUUCUGGAAACGGAUGAUACAGGCUGCACUGGAAAUGUUCCUGAGAGCAGAUUAAAGUCAAAUGCAAACAACUGCUUUCAGAUGCAUCAGCAUUCUGAGCAGCUGGAAUAUAGAGUGAUUACUGCCUCCCUGGGACAAAAGGAAGAGGAGCAGCAACAGCAGCGAGUCACAGAAGCAACUGUGUGUGCCAAGAACAGCAAAGUCAGCUCGACUGGGGAGAAGGUUGUCCUCUGGACCAGGGAGGCUGACAGAGUCAUCCUUACCACCUGUCAGGAGAAAGGAGCCCACCUGGAGACCUUCCAUGCCAUCUCGCAGAAACUGGGCAACAAGACUGCUAGUGAGGUAUCCCACAGGUUCAGAGAACUGAUGAGGCUGUUUCAUACAUCCUGUGAUGGCAGCUCUGAAGACGAGGAGGAUGCAACUAGUACCAGUAACACAGACCAGUUGUCAGAUAAAGAUCUUCUGCUUUCAGAGGAAGAACCUGAUGACUGAGGUUUUUCUGGCUUGAUAAGCCACUGACUGCAUUGGAAGGAGAGUGGUUUGCCAGUUUGCUGCUAGACAGGUGCUGUGGAUAAAGGAAAAAUGUUUGCACAGGUACUUAAAAUAGCACCUUUUUUAAUUGUUGUUGAUCACUUCCUGCUACACUUCUGACAAGCUGCACUUCUCAGUCCUGUAUCAAACUAAAGGAAUGAAAAAAGGCAGUAGGGUGAUAAUAUCUUCUAGAACCUACGUGGGGAGCUUCAACAAUGAAAUGACAGAAGUGCUGCUUGUGGACACUGACCUCACUCUGGUGAAAAGAUCGGGCCACCAGCCUUUGAAAAGAACAUGUAAAUAUUGUAUCAUAAGAUGUCUGUUUUCAUGUGGAACAAACACAUGAUUUUUUUGGUAAGUCUUCCCCUUGUGUUGACUGUAUGUGGGAAAGUUACAAUCUGAAUUCUGUAUUUAUUGUGUGGUCUUAUUCUAACAGGCAGAGCAAAUUCACUUUGCAAAGGUAAAAAAAAAAACCACCAACCAUACAAAAAGAGUACCCAAAAAGCAGCUUUCCUCCUUUACGAUACAACUGCAAGUAGCUGCAGAACUUAAGCCAGCCCUUGUAACAGGAUUUUGCUGAAAUUAAAAGAAAGUACCAGUUGGGCCAUCUUUAAAGCCAUUCCCUUUAUUUUGAAAGCGAUCUUAAAGAUAUUUUUACUUCCCCUAUCUCUAGUAAUAAAGAUGAGUUAGUCUGAA